AUGGAAAGACACAGCAGCUGCCCUCUGGCCUUGCUGGUGUUGAAGUUCUCUUAUGUGACGACCACGGUAGGGCGAACAUCGCCCCUCAGUUGGACUCAUAUAGCAGGAGGCACAGAUCUCCUUGCGGUUUUUGACCGGGUCCGUGUGCAGGAGAACGCCUCGUCAUGGACGGCAGAGUCCAAGCUGACCCUGAAAGUCCUACGGGGUACAGACGUCUUGGAAGAUCUGGACCUUGGUGCUCUCGCCAGGGAGGCAGUAGCUAGUUCAUCGAGCCAGCAGCAAGUGCCAAACGCGAAAACACCUAUUGCGGUGAUUGUCAAGUCUCCAUGUCUUGCUAUCCGCUAUCCUACGCGUGUCAAUCAGAUACGCAGGUUUCAGCUGAAGUUCUCGUCAGAUGCAGAUUACUGCAGAGCAGUCUCUGUCUUGAGCGAAGCUGGCUGUCCUAUAACCGAAUCGACCGCCGCUCCAGCUCCACCUUCAGCUCCGUUUAAAACAAGGCUUGAUCCUCCUUCUUGGCCUCAGAGCGCGGUUACGCCGCCACCAGCUCCGACUGCAUCUCAAUUUGGCGAUCAUGGGAUACUAACACCAACUACGGCUCUGGAUGCCCGUCCGUCUACUGUCGGAUCAGCUUCCACUAUCGGCACGGCUCCCCCUUCGAGAAAUGCCCCAGUGACGGGAGGCAAUACGACUUCGCCGUGGUUAAACUCCCAUGUCUCCAAUGAGAGACCAGCAACGGCACCCACGUUCCCUGAUCCAGAGUCAAUCAGCCAGCUGCUUCCCCCAAAAAGAGAGCUGCCGUUUGCAAGGCCCCAAUGGUCCCGACAUGCUUUGCAAAAUCAAACACCGACUAGCGCUACAGAAGCUCUGAAGCCAAUGGUGCGGACGCAUAGCCAUCAGCAAUCAAACUCAGACCCCAGGAUCCAUACCCCAACACGUCUCUAUUCAGAUGGGCCGAGCUCUACUGCGCAUACGAAUUCCAUGGAAAAUAAGGCUAGAAAUGAACCAUUCACAGGCGACAGAGAGCAAUCGGCCGUAUUUUCGCCUGCAAGCCUAUCGCCUCAAAAGCGGCCCUCAGAAGGACCUACCUCGCUAACCAAAUUUGCGAGACCUUCCCUUGCAGAUAGUCAUAACAGCAACCCGCUUCAUACGCGCUCGAGCCCUGCCCUUAGAUUCGCCCCGAGUCAACCAGGACCCGAAACUCACUUUCCAUCACCAGGGCCAAUUGUAAAUACAAAUAACCAAAGCGUCGAUAUCCAAGUCAAUCGUCUCGCCACUGCCGGUACUAACCCCGUACCCACCCCGGAAGACUUAUCGUCAUACCUUUUAACGCCAACGCCAGAGCGCUCAGCCUUCAUAGAGACGUGGGUCUGGCAGCAAAAGCGAUCCAACAUAAUCGUGUAA